AUGUCAAAGAAAGCCGCCGCGGAGAUUCCCGAAUCGUUAGAUGAUAUUAACCUACGGAUAAAUAACACUGCCGAUGAAUCUUUGGAAAGUACUCGUCGAAUGUUGGCAUAUUGUGAAGAAAGCAAAGAAGCAGGAAUUAAAACUCUUGUUAUGUUGGAUGAUCAAGGAGAACAAUUGGAACGUGUGGAACAAAAUUUGGAUACAAUUAAUCAAGAUAUGAAAGAAGCUGAGGAGCAUUUAAAAGGAAUGGAAAAAUGUUGCGGUCUUUGUGUUCUUCCUUGGGAAAUGAUUUUGAAAAGAAUUCGGAAUAUGCAAAGACUUGGAAGAAGGACGAUGAUGGUGGGGGUAAUUAGUGAUCAACCACGUAUAACUGUUGGCGAUGCAGGAAUGGGGCCACAGGGAGGAUAUAUUACGAGAAUUACAAAUGAUGCACGUGAGGAUGAGAUGGAUGAAAAUAUUCAACAAGUUUCUACUAUGGUUGGAAAUUUGCGUAAUAUGGCAAUUGAUAUGUCCACUGAAGUUUCUAACCAAAACCGUCAAUUGUCUCGAAUUCAAGAAAAGGCUUUGUCCAACGAAAGCCGCGUCGAUUCUGCUAACAAGCGCACUUCUAAACUCAUAACAAAAUGA